AGUUUGGACAUGAUGCAUUUGUCGGUGAUAUUUCUAGCAUCAUUGUUGAUUACCGCUUCUUUGGCAUUUGAACAUAAAUGCACUCUGUCGGAGCAAGUAUUGCAAGACUUCGACAUUGAAAAGGUAAAGUUAAACAGAACCAAAUGGUACACCGGACUACAAACCAAUGAUGCUGCGGCAUCUGAUAUUGACUGUGAAUCAUUAAGAAAUUUUACAGAAACUGACUAUGGUUUUACGGCUACCACAAGAAGCUACAUGACUCAAAGUAAUCAAUACGUUGAUUGGGUUUCCCAUUUUACUCGCCAGAGACCAGGAGUGUAUCAAGAGAGCGGAGAGAAAGAUGAACCUGUGAUGACAACACUCUAUACACGUGAAAAAAACGGAAAUUUCAACAGAGCUGCAAACAAACUUGUUCACAAGGUUAUUCUUGAUAACGAUUUCUUGUUCGUAACGGAUCAUCGGAACUAUAUCAUGACGAUAUUUUGUUCUAAUGACGCACAAUGGGUCAUUUGGAUCUUUUUUCCCAAACCGAAUCCAGAACUUUCAAACAUUGCUGCAGCUUACAACAAAAUGCAUCGCAUGGGAAUAUCUGCAGGUUUCCAUGCAUCACAAUGUGGAGCAGCUUAAGGAAUAACUCGACAACAAAACGUCAUUAUACUCAGCAAUUUAAUACUCAGAAUUUUUUUGAUAAAGGGCCACAGCAAACAAACAAACAAAAUCAGAAUAUAUAAAUAGAGUAAAUUUUAAUUUUUAUAAACUGUUUUAUGGCGUAGCGAGUACAUACGGAUAGUUACUGUGUGUUUAAAUAUUCUUCACCACUCAUUGUUAUAGUGCAUGUUAUAUGCCUGAAACAAGGUCGUUGCUCUAAUUCAUUUUCUUUAUGAUAUUUUCCCUCGCUCAAGUAUUCGUUCUUUGUUAGUUAGAAAUUUGGUUUCAUCACAAUAACUGCGUUAAUGGUUUAAGUGUAUGUAUUUGGAUCAA